AUGGCAGAAUUGCCUUGGAAGAUCUGGAGGAAACCCUUAGAAAGUAAUGCCCUGUUGAUUUCAAGAAUUCUGACAGGAAAGCUGGGCUACAACAACAAAAAAUCUGCAGGAAGAGCGCCUCAUCUUUUGAGUGGAGAGCAAAACUCUGCUGGGAGCCCACAGUCGGAUCAAGCGAUCAAGAUGAGGCACAAAGUAUUCUUCGCUGUUCUGGGACUGCUCCUUUGGUUUCAGGCCAUGUCCGUGCUUUCUUUGCCGAAUGAAGGUCGCAUGAACGAAGCAGGCAGCCAAAAAGCGGAAAAUUUCUUACUGCCCCUCGCGUCGUCGUGUUUUUCUCUUCUGUCUCUCCACCAUUUGUAG